AUCUGAAAACGGACUUCCCGGCAAUAGAUGAAGUUGCAAAAAGAUUGCAAUAUUAUUAAGUUGUCAUUGAUGGAAUUCGAAGUUGGUAAUCAACCAUAAAACAAAAACAAAGCGUACGUGCGUGCGAUAUGGUCAUACAAGGAAGGGGUGAACUUCCCAUGAAAGGAAUGAGUACUUCCUCAAAAUUAUAAUUUAUCAUUGUGUGGAUUGAAUUAUACUGUGUGGUAUACUCUAAAGUAUUCAGCAACAAUGUUUCUAUUGAUUAUUAUAGUCACAAACUUUGGGACUUUGAUAGCUGAUGAUGCAAUGAGUGAUGGAAAUCUUCAAUGCUUCAACGAUUAUGACAAAAGUAUGGUUUGUCAUUUUACAACUGACAAGUCUAAGUGUGCUGAAUACAACAUGACAUUGAAAUUAUUGGGCUCACAAAAUAUAGGCCAGAAUGAUUGUACUUUCAAGGAAAAGCAGAGGUCCAAUGAUGUUUCCAAAUGUGGAUGCUCUAUUGAUCCAAUGGUCCUUAUUAUUGGGGAGGAGUUUAAUGCAACACUUUGGAAUUCUGGGAAGCGCCUAAAUUCCAAAGUCCUCUGUAUCAAAUGCAGCAUAAAACCCAAAACCCCCACCGUCCAAAUGGUGAAACCAACAGAAAAUGGGAAUUUCCUGGUCAAAUGGAAGACAAACUACCCUGAUGAUGCACCGUUUUCUAAGGCCUUGAUUGCCGAAUUGAGCUACAGAAAGAAAGGAGAAAAAGAUGAGGUGUCCAAAAAUGACUCAACAACUUCCCAUGAAUUACUUGUCAGAGACUUGGAGCCAAACACCAUUUAUGCUCUGAAGGUCAGAACCUAUACUGACAUGAGCGGCCGUUUCAGUGACUGGAGUGAAGAGUUGGACUUCACCAACCCUGCAUCAUCUCGGAAAGUACUCCAGAUUGUCAUUGUUUUCAGUUCCAUUGCUGUUAUCAUCAUUACAAGUGCUUUGUUUUGGUGCUGUGUUAGACUCAAAACCAAGUUGUGGGAUAAUAUUCCUAAAUGUUCAAACCCAGACCUUUUGUAUAUGGUUCCAGGAGUACCUAAGGUAUUGUCUCCUCCCAAAAUACCUUUAUCCUCCAUCUAUGUUGAUUCUUCAAAAAUGGACACUGAAGGAAAAACAUGGCCAAACCCCUCGAUAGUAGAUGGGAGCAGUGGAAGAGGUAGUGGCUCAGAGCUUGACUCAUCAUCUUCCCUGGGUUAUGCCCACACAUGUUCCAUGAGCCCGGAGCCUAGUAAUGUGCAGAUCAUUAGCCAUCUUCAAGAGGCCCUGAGCAAAGUCUUUCCCAGCCUUGUUCCUUUGGACGGGAAUCCUCAGUCAUUGCUUUUAGCCCCUCCUAUGACAGAUGAUGGUACACAAAUGAACUGCCCUGAGUCAAAUAGAGACAUUGGUGUGUGUUCAUCUGACUACAAUCCUCUUCAUUUCAUGAGUGAGUCUGGAGGCUCUUGUGGGUCAUCUUGUUACAACAAUAUUACCUACUCCCCCUCAGUGCCCCUCAACUCCAUUCAAGAGUUAACAACAAGCAAGACAUCCUCAUUUCCUACGCAGCCUCUGCUCUUUUGUAACUCCUCCUACCAUUCUGGUGAGGCUGAAGUGUUGAAAAAUGCCCAUCCACAGCUGUUUCUUGGUACUGGUCAACAAGAUCUUAACUUGUCCACUAACUGUGCACCCCUCUUGCAAACUGACUUUUCAUAUCACCCGUGUGAUGGCGCCAGUCAUGAUUCAGAGACUACCACAUCAGCAGAGGACACCAGUCUGAUCUACGGCUCUAAUGACAGCAAUGUGUCCAAACCUCACAAUGUUAUCAGUGUCGUUCCUGGAUAUCAGAGCUUCAGUGAGGCGGUCGGUAAGGACAAUGAGAGAGGAACUGAUGCCUUCAUGGAUGUGCCACUGCCACUUAAGGGUUUCCAGGAUGUGGACAGUAGCGAGCCACUGAUUUACGGUGUGAAUCCAUGUUACCACAGCCUGCCUGACCCUGGAUGCUGCCUCCCCCCGAGUGAUGUCGAUUAUCAGACUUUACAGAGCCUGGGACAAAAUAGCCCACAUCAGUGGGUUUCAGACAAACUGCUGAACAAGUGUUUGGAGACUGAGAUCCCUCAAAGCUCCAUGGGGAACAUGCCUCUAAAUGUCAUACCCAACUCACAGGGAGGACAAUGUCCGAAACCUGGAUGUCCCUUUCUUACUGCUUUCUGUUCAGACCAAGCCAUGCAAAUAGACAAUGACAGCUCUUAUCAUUGUGUGUGAUUAUACGGUAGACACUUUUGCACUUCACUUUACAAUUUCUUUUAUUUUGGGGACUUGAGCUCAUAUAUAUGUUUUUUUCUAUAUUAUACAAACAGUUUGAAUACCAUUCUGCCAUGAAAAUGCUGUGGCCUCAUGUCCAGAAAUUUUGGAUGUACAGCUCCUGUAAAUAAACAUUUGUGUGUGGGAAACUGCAACAGUUAAUUGUUGAAGAGAUAUAACA